UUUUCACUGUGAUUUUAAAUAUUGAACGUGAGGCAUUGUCCAAUCGUUAUAGAUAUCGAGACACUUGGUACAUCACCAUGUCCAGCAUGUAAUUACAUCACGAUUUCAGUACUGUUCUGAAUUACCUGACAUUUUGUUCUCCAGGUGGAAGAGUCAUUUUUUCGUUGUGGAAAGUGCGGUAACAUUUCACUUUUUGAAUUGUUCAGAUCUUGCUCAAAUCCCGAAGCAAACAUAGGUCUAACUUAAUUUUUAGAUAAAUGGCAUCUCGCAGAGGUGUGAUCGUGUUACUGCGUUCCUUACAACGUCGUCCGUAUUUGAUACCAACGUCAUGCAGUGCUGCUUCUACUGCUCGUCUUUUCUACACAACUCGAUCUACUGGCAAACCAGCAGUGGCUGAAAGUUUCGAAUUUCAGGCAGAAACAAAGAAUUUGUUAGAUAUUGUUGCAAAAUCACUUUAUUCUGAUCAAGAGGUUUUUAUCCGGGAAUUGAUAUCAAAUGCAAGUGAUGCUCUGGAGAAGAGACGAUGCAAACAUCUGGAAACCAAUAAAGAUACGAAUAUUGCUUAUGAAAUCAAAAUAACCACAGAUGAGGAUGCACGGUUGAUUAUUUUCGAAGAUAAUGGAAUUGGAAUGGACAAGGAAGAUUUAGUGAACUGUCUAGGGACCAUAGCUAAAUCAGGAUCAAAAAAAUUCAUGGAAGAGCAGUCUUCGCUAGGUCAUGUAUCCACCGAAAGCAUUAUUGGGCAAUUCGGCGUCGGUUUCUACUCGGCAUUCAUGGUUGCAAAUAAUGUUGUAGUGAAAACGCGUAAAGAAGAUAGCGAUAAAGGUUAUUUGUGGAAAUGGAAUGGAGGAGAUGCGUAUUCAGUGGAAGAAGUCGAUUCGUUACCUGUAGGUUCACGUAUUGAAGUUACACUUCGUCCGGGUAGUGCAACGGAAUUUGCGAAAAAAGAUAAGGUUGUAGAGGUGAUCAGCAAAUAUUCUUACUUUAUCACUCUACCGAUCACGGUGAAUGGCGAACGGGUGAAUACCGUGGACGCAAUUUGGACAAUGAAUCCGAAGGAGGUGACCUCCGAAAUGCAUGACGUUUUCUUCCGACAACUCGCCAAAACCCAUUUACCUCAUCUAGUGAAUGAUCGUCCACAAUAUACUAUCCAUUAUAAGGCAGAUGCUCCGAUAAAUGUCAGAUCUUUGCUAUAUGUUCCAUCUCACAAUGUAUCGCAGCUUGAGUUUGCCGGCUCGGCCGAUCAGUCGGGAGUAUCUCUAUAUGCGCGAAGAGUCCUUAUAAAGUCAAACGCCAAAGAUCUUUUACCGCGAUAUUUACGUUUUCUAGUUGGUGUAGUCGAUUCGGAAGAUAUUCCAUUGAAUUUGAGUCGGGAAAUGCUGCAGAUGGAUGCUAUCCUUGUGAAAUUGCGUCAAAUUUUAACCGACAAAGUAGUAUCAUAUUUUGUAAACGAAAUGAAGAAGGAUCGAAUAAAAUACAAGGAAUUCUACGGUGGUUAUUCUUUAUAUUUUAAGGAAGGUAUUUGUACCGAGACUGAUCAAAACAUUAAGGAACAGAUUGGUUCGCUGUUGUUGUUUGAAUCAUCCAAUCUCAAAGCAGGAACGUUAACUAGCUUGGAUGAAUAUGUGGACCGAAUGCAAAAAGAUCAGAAUGAAAUUUAUUACUUAUUUGCUCCGAGCCGUCAGCUUGCAGAACAUUCCCCCUAUUAUGAAAUGUUCAAAUCAGCAAACAAGGAAGUUCUUUUUGCAUAUGAUGCUGCCGAUGAAGUUUGCUUAUUGGCUAUGCAGCAGUUCCGUAUGAAGUCAAUUAAAUCAGCGGAAAAUUGGACUCGUAUCGAAGCAGGUGGUGACUCUCAAACUGCAACAAUAACGAUACGUGAUGCUGACAAGAAAGAGUUACUCGACUGGUUGAAAACUGUAUUGGGAAGCGUGAAAGUGAAUGAAAUAAAGAGCUCGGGUACAACAAGCGAACAUCCUUGCAUGAUCACAAUUGGUGCUGAAAUGGGUGCUGCUCGUCAUUUUCUUCGUGUUGGGCAAGUGAAGGAUACCGAGCAUCUGGCUUUUUUGAAACCAACUCUUCAUGUCAACUUAAAUCAUCCAAUUAUCAGUGCACUAAUUAAACUACACAAAUCGGAACCGGCAGUAGCUGGUCUUGUCGCUGAGCAGAUCUACGACAAUGCUCUGAUAACUUGCGGAUUGAUGAAAGAUUCAUCGAAAAUGGUUGACCGGGUUAAUCGGCUGCUAAGUGAGCUUCUGCAGCCUAAGUCUUCUAUACUUACACCCUGAUUUCUUAACUGUUAUUGUUACUUGUUAUUUCGAUCUAUUUGAAUCCUGAACAAUACGCUUCGAAUGACUAAGGCUUGAUGAUCAGCGUAACUUUUUUUAACGUGAAAUAUUUCUAAUUCUGGUUCUCGAAAUUUUGGGAAACCAAAAUAGAAAUGCGAGUAGCGAAUUGUUUUUCCCAGUACGCAUGAAGUUCCAGCUAAAAUAGAGUAUUUGUUAGAAUAUGUGGUGAGAUUUGUUAAUCGUCAUAAAAUCGAUCCCAGUAUGUUUUUUAUUUGUGUUAUUCAUGUCAUGUAUUGAUGUCAUAUUUCUCCUGUUAACUGAAUAAAAAUUGUCGAA